AUGCCCCUCAUUCUCGGGCGUGGCAUCGUUGCAGAGCAGCACGGUGUGACGAUGCCUAUGCUCAGCUGGGGAACAGACUUUUUGGAGGUCGUUUGGUCCUCCCGCGGGCUGUUUAUGAAUCGUGCUGCCUUGCAGCAGAUGGCCAAAGUUGCCUCUGCUUGGACGCACGUUGUUGGAUCCGCCACCAGAUUGACCCGUUUAUUCUUGCCACAGCUGCCUGUUCUUAUGAGCGGCUUAGUGUAUACCUUCGCGGGAGAUAGCCAGAUGCAGGGCCUUGUGGAGUUUGCUUUCGCUGCCGCGCUGCGGUCCCAUGAGCAGACUUUGAGAGUUCGGUAUAUGCCUGAGCCCACUGAGCGGUUCCUGGAGGGAGAGUUGUUGCUGGAGCGAUUUGCGUUUCGUAUGGCCGCUGCUACGUUUUCAUGGUCCUAUCAGGAUUGGCGAAAAGCGGGGGUUCGCAAGCCCUACAGGACCAGCCAGCGCACCAGAAGACUUAGGCAACAUUUGCACCGCAAGAGACUGAGGCAGGGAAAGACAGGCUUACGAGCUUCCUGCCUUCAGCGGGAGGCCAGCAAGGCUUCCUGUGCCGGCAUGUUUCCUCAGUGCAUCCUGGUAAUGCAUCCGGUGGACUCCUCAGCACUGAUGAGGGACAUGCAGAGGAUUGUGCCUCGCACAAGCUGCCUAGCAGCCACCAAUCUGAGGGUGGCUGACGGAGUACCAGUGGUACAUGCGAGGGGCCUCCUGGCGACAGUUCGGCACGGGCAAGUUGCCACACUUGGAGGGAGAGGAUCGGCGCGGCCACCCCGCCGAGCAGACGCCUGGCCACAUUUGUCCUUGUUUUUAGCAGUCUUGGGGUCAGAUACUUGUACAAUGUGA